GUCCAUAACGAAGGGGAGUGUGUAUUGCUGUGAUGAGACAACUUUGUUGAAGAUAUUCAUUAUUUAAAUCGCUUUGUAUUUCAGUCCUCUUUACAAAAAUGCGUUUUCGUUUCCGUGGCGACCUUGACUGCCCUGAUUGGGUUUUGGCUGAGAUCAGCACACUAUCAAAAAUUACCUCAGUGAAGAUGAAGUUGUUGUGUGUACAAGUACUCAAGGAUAUGCUGGGUGAAGGUAUUGAUUAUGACAAAGUGAACAAGUUGACAGCAGAUGCUAAAUUUGAAACGGGUGAUGUAAAAGCCAGUAUAGCUGCCCUGGCUUUCAUCCUGUCGAGUGCCGCUCGGUACAACGUCGACGGGGAAACGUUGUCAAGCGAGAUGCAGCAACUUGGACUUCCUAAAGAACAUGCAGGAUCUCUGUGUAAGUCGUACAGUGAUAAUCUUGACAAGUUGCAGCUCCAUCUACGUACGCAUAGUCUCCGAUUGUCAACGCUAGAGUCUACCCAAUGGAGAGUGGAUUAUAUUCUGGCAUCAAGCGAACUAACGGAUAUCAACGAGCCGUGUGUGCAAGUUAAGCUGGAGAGUCGGGAUCCUCAGACUCAAACCGUCACCCCUAUCACGUUCACCGUAUCCGCCGAUAAAUUCAGAGUUCUUCUUAAUGAGCUAAAGCAAGCAGAUUCCAUGAUGGACAGCUUGGUAUCCUAGCUCUGUGUCUCCUAGCUUCUGUGCCUCCUACAACAGCAGACAUGGAGCCAGGGAAUCUGUGAAGGGCCAUCAGAGGAGUUGAUUCCCCUUUACAAACAAUUAACAAUCUGACAAUCUGAGGCCGUUGAGAUAUCUUCCAGGAUGCAUAAAACAGUGUUGCUGUUUAAAUAGUGACUAAUGCACCAGUAAAACGUUUGUGACAUAUUUGUUAAAACAGUUAGGCUUCAAAAUAUAUGGGUGCACCCUAGUGCACCACCCUAUAAAUCACCAGUGAAUAAUAUCCUUACUGAUGCUGUGUUUCCAAGAAAUAUGAACAGAACUGUCCUAAACACUUGAGGUUAUUGAUUUUGACGUUUUAAGUAUGUAACCUCCCUGAAAUGUCUGCAAAAUGUUAUUUCAGACCCUCUAGAUUUCAAAAUGCACUAGGACCCCCUAGUGUCUUGGGCCUUCCAUGCUGUUCAUACAAAGAAUCUAUUUGCCCUCCCCUCGAACACACACACAAACAAAAUCCCAGCUACAGCCCUGCAGUUAUAGUGAGUAUACCACCAAAUCGAAUCCUACUGACGACAAUAGUAACGUGUGGGUAAAACUUCUACCUGCAGUGUAUCAAUCGACAUAAACACCACAGAUAUAAAUACUACCACACCUCGCCCUUAAAGUAAAUCAGAAACAAAUUGGGGCUUAAGCUGCUCAUUUCAUAGAUAAGGGGUAGUUUGUGACUACCCUAGUUAUGUACAAAAAUUGUCAUGCUAUUUUUAGUAGGAUCCCGCAUGUUUUAACCACAAGGCUACUUGACACAGUGGUACUACAUGAAAUAAAAUUGCAUACCUUUUUUGCCCAGAUGAAACUAAUUUUUUUACAAACAAACAUGCAAACAUUUAUCACAAAUGACAGGACUUGUGGUAUUAACUGCUAUAUCAAAAGUUUGGUGCACCUGGAACUUUGACCCAGCCGGAAGUUACUUGGUUUAGUACUACCUACAGAGGAGGAAACAAGGCUCAGGACUGUUCCAUCUUUAAGGGGAGGAGGCAUUUUAUGUAAACACACCACCCACAUAAUAUCAUUUUAUUUAAACCAUGUAUUCUCAGGAAAAUAAUAUGGUAGACUUGUCUGUGAUUAAAACAAUGAUUAGGUUGACUUGCAUUCCUCCAUGUUUACAAACGGCACAGAUAUAUUUCUGAUAGGAGCGUCCAUUAACAGUGGAGGAUCUAGAAAAUCCAUUUAAGGGGGAGCCCCAAUGACAUGAGGCGGAAUGCCAAUGGAACUUUGGGGGAGGUUUGGAGGUGAUCGUAAGAAACUGAUAAUUAAUAUAUAAUAAAAUUAUAACUGUCGCGGGGCGGGCUCCUGGCCUCCCUCUAGAUCCGCCUCUGAUUAAACAUCGAUUCAUCAACCACCACCCUAUCUCCAUUGAUGAACUCUCUAACCGCCUUCAUUUGGAACAAAAACACCAUUCAGUGAUGGACAAACGUGUUGGUAUGUGCAGAGUUGUGGAAGCAAAAUACUGUGUCACUGAAGCUGGUUUCUCCUCUAAUGAUGCCCACUGUGACUUCUGGAUGUGGCAGUGUCAUUAAAGAAAUAUUCAUUUUAUUGAUUAACAAGAAAGUAGAGCGACAAUAAAUUCAUUACUGGUC